AUGAUUGACUAUCAAACAUAUCCACGAAUAACUGGUUCUCUCCGUGCACAUUCUGAUAUUGCUGAACGACUACAUUAUCGAGGCGAUACUGAUGAAUUACUACGACGUCGUCAGCAAUCAUUGAACACUAAUUCAAGAAAAUCGAUCACAUGGCAAGAACUUCAACAGUUAUUUUUGAAAAAUAACUCAAAUUCAACAAUUGAAUCACAGAUCAAACAAUUACGAAAAUAUGCCAUUGAAUUCACUGGUUCAGAAUCAGAUUCAUCACAGAUUGAUUCUGUUUGUAUUUAUCUUUUUGAAUUAUUUCGUAAUGUUAAUCAAAUACAAGUUUCACUUUUAAAAGAAUUAAAAUUACGAUUUCCAACUUACACUCAACAAUUAGUAACACACACAUUUGAAUUGAUACGUUCAUUAAUUCAUUCUCUAAAACCAAGUUUCGAUGAAGAAUAUUCGUCUCGUACUUCUUCUAAAACACCAUCAAAACAAUUAUUUGGUGAAGCAACUGUCUUUCAUCCUGUUUCUAUACAAAUAAAUGAACCACUACCUUGGCUAGAUCGUUUAUCGUAUGACUUCGCUUAUCAAGAACAAGAGAAUAUUAAAAAUGAAGAAACAUGGACUGAAGCUUUACCGAUUGCUGCUCCUACAGCAGCAGCAGCAUCUAUUUAUACUAAAAAAUGGCUUGAGAAUCAGUUACGCACAGUUUUAAAAGUUCGUGAUGGUGAAAAUAUUUUAGGUCCACAAGAAUUUUGCAAUUUAGUUUUCGAAACUCUUGUUUCAAGUUCAUCAGAUGAUGAAAUUCAACAUUCUCUAUGUGAUAUUGUUGGUUAUGAACAUAUUGAAUUAAUCAGUGAAUUAAUACAAAAUCGUCAAAUGAUAAUCGAUGGUAUUCUAACUAGUGCUAAAGCUCGUCCACGUGAAAUCGUUCGAGCACCAGAACUUAUUCAACGGCAAUUACAACCAAUUCAUGGUCCUACAAUAGUUGUACAAAGUGAACAAGAAAAACGCUUAGGAAAAUUAAUACGAAAACAAGACCGAAAACAACAACAGCAAUCUCAACAACAACAACCAGAUGAUCCUUUAAGUGAAUUUGCUAAUCCAGAUAUGUUAAGAUAUGAACGUGAACGAGAAUUACUUUUAGCGACAGAAAAACGUUAUGAGAAAUUAUCAACUCUAUCUCAACCAAGGUCAAAUCGAACGCCCACGAAAUUGCCAUUUGUAUUUGAUCAAUUACAAGAAAUUAAACAGAAAACAGCCUACAUUGGAGGACGUAAUCUUCUCUUACCGGAAAAUAUUGAACGAAAAUCAUCAACAAAUUAUGAUCUUGUUCAUAUUCCACAUGGUGAACAGAUUAAAUUAGCAAAUUUAGGAAAAAAUGUUUGUCCGGCACUUGUUCGAUUUGAAGAUUUGGAACCACUUGGACAAAUUCUAUUCAAAGAUAGUAUUCAAACACUCAAUUUAGUUCAAUCAAUCGUAUACAAAACAGCAGUGUUUUCAAAUGAAAACAUUCUUAUUUCUGCUCCAACUGGUGCUGGUAAAACAAAUAUUGCUAUGUUAACAAUUCUUUCUGAACUACGUCGUCAUUAUGACGUUAAAAAUAACGUUUUACUGGAUACAGAUUUUAAAAUCAUCUAUGUUGCACCAAUGAAAGCUCUUGCUUCGGAAAUGGUUCAAAAUUUUUCUCAACGUCUUUCAUCGCUUGGUCUUCAAGUAAAAGAAUUAACUGGUGAUAUGCAAUUAACUAAAGCUGAAAUCGAACGAACACAUAUGAUCAUAACAACGCCUGAAAAAUGGGAUGUUGUCACACGAAAAUCAACCGGCGACACAAAAUUUGUGCAAAGUGUUAAAUUAUUAAUUAUUGAUGAAAUUCACUUGUUACAUGAAGAUCGUGGUCCAGUUAUUGAAGCACUUGUUGCACGUACACUUCGACAAGUUGAACAAACACAAGAGUCAAUUCGAAUUGUUGGCCUAUCGGCUACAUUACCCAAUUACAUCGAUAUCGCUAAAUUUCUUUUUGUUAAUUUAAUGACUGGUCUCUUCUUUUUCGAUCAUCGUUUUCGUCCUGUACCAUUAGCACAAACGUUUAUCGGAAUUAAAGGUGCAAAUAAAAUGGCUACGACCAAAAAUCUUGACGAUGUCUGCUAUGAUAAAGUCUUAGAACAAAUCAAAGUUGGACGACAACAGGUUCUUGUUUUUGUUCAUGCUCGUAAUGCAACAGUCCGUACAGGACUUCAAUUAGUUGAAUAUGCACGUAAUCGUGGUGAUCUUGAAUAUUUUCUCUACAAAGAAAAAGAUGACGACGGUCAACACGAAUCCAGACAAUAUCAAGAAGCAUGCCGGCAUGUAUCUCAUUCAAAGAAUGUUCAAUUACGAGAUCUAUUUCCAAAUGGUAUUGGUAUUCAUCAUGCCGGAAUGUUAAGACAAGAUCGAAAUUUAGUUGAAAAAUAUUUCUCGAAAGGUUUUAUUAAAGUACUUGUUUGUACGGCAACUCUUGCUUGGGGUGUCAAUUUACCAGCGCAUGCUGUUAUUAUAAAAGGUACUGAAUUAUACGAUAGUAAGCGUGGCUCAUUUGUUGAUUUGAGUAUUCUUGAUGUACUGCAAAUAUUUGGUCGUGCUGGUCGUCCACAAUUCGAUACCAAUGGUCAUGGCAUUAUUUUAACAACAUAUGAGAAACUUCAACAUUAUUUAUCUUUAUUAACACGACAAAAUCCAAUUGAAUCUCAAUUUAUUAGCCAUUUAACAGACAAUCUUAAUGCCGAGGUUGUCCUUGGUACAGUAGCAACAGUAGCUGAAGCAUGUUCGUGGCUUCGUUAUACUUAUUUACAUGUUCGUAUGCAUGCAUCACCAAUAACAUAUGGUAUUAAUGCAAGUAUGUAUGCAGCUGAUCCAAUGCUACAUAGUUUUCAACGAGACAUAAUUGCUAAAGCAGCACAAGAACUUGAUAAAGCACAUAUGGUCCGUUUUGAAGAAAAAACUGGAUAUUUAUUUGCUACAGAUCUUGGCCGAACAGCUUCUCACUAUUAUAUUAAUUAUGUAACAAUUGAAACAAUAAAUGAACGUUUAUCAAAUCGUUACAUGAGUGAAGCCGAACUGAUUGAACUUGCAUCAUUAGCUGAUGAAUUUUCUCAACUUAAAAUUCGUGAUGAUGAAUUAGAUGAACUUGAUUUAUUAUAUAAUAGUCAAUGUCGGGUACCGGUUAAAGGUGGUGUCGAGAAUGUUCAUGGAAAAACAAACAUUCUCAUCCAAGCGUAUAUAUCUCGUGCGCAAUUACAUUCGUUUUCAUUAGUAUCGGAUAUGUCCUAUGUUAAUCAAAAUGUUGUUCGUUUAAUACGUGCACUAUUUGAAGUUGUUCUCAAACGUGCAUGGGCGACACUAUCAUCGCGGUCACUUCGUUUAGCUAAAAUGGUUGAGCAACGCAUGUGGGAUACUAUAAAUCCUCUAUGGCAAUUUUCUCAAUAUAUCAAUGUUGAAAUUCUUCAAAAGUUAGAUGAAAAACAAAUGACACCAGAACGACUAUUAGAAAUGGAUGCAAAAGAGAUUGGCAUUAUGAUACAUAACACACGUUUAGGCAAAGAAAUAAAAGCAUAUGCAUCUUAUAUACCUGUAUUAAAAAUUGAUACUCAAAUACAACCGAUAACUCGAACUGUUCUACGCAUAAAAUUGACUAUAACAGCAGCUUUUAAGUGGUCGGAUAAAAUUCAUGGUACAAAUAGUCAACAAUUUUGGAUAUGGAUUGAAGAUCCUGAUACAGAUAAUAUAUAUCAUUCCGAAUAUUUUAUAAUUACAAAAAAACAAGUUAAACUUGAAGAACCACAAACAAUUAUUUUUACUAUCCCGGUAAUUGAACCAUUAGCUAAUCAAUAUUAUGUACGAGCUAUUAGUGAUCGAUGGCUUGGUUCAGACACAUCAACGAUUAUGUCAUUUCAUAAUCUCAUUCUACCCGAACGUCAUAUGCCACAUACAGAACUAUUGGAUUUGGAACCAUUACCAAUCACUGCAUUAGGUAAUCCUGCAUAUGAAGCUUUAUUUGAAUUUAAACAUUUUAAUCCAAUUCAAACACAAUUAUUUCAUUGUUUAUAUCAUACAAAUAAUAAUACAUUACUCGGUUCACCUACAGGUUCAGGUAAAACAGUGGCAGCUGAAAUCGCAAUGUUGCGUGUUUUUAAUAAAUAUCCUGACAUGAAAUGUGUCUAUAUCGCACCAUUAAAAGCACUUGUCCGCGAACGUAUACACGAUUGGAAAAUACGUCUUGAACAAAAUCUUGGUAAAAAAGUUGUUGAAUUAACCGGUGAUUUUACACCUGAUACACGUGCUAUCCAAUUAGCUGAUGUUAUUGUUACGACACCUGAAAAAUGGGAUGGUAUGAGUCGUUCGUGGCAAACACGUUCCUACGUUAAACAAGUUGCUUUAUUGAUUAUUGAUGAAAUUCAUAUGUUAGGUGAAGAUCGUGGUCCAGUACUUGAAGUUAUUGUCUCGCGAGCAAAUUUUAUUGCUUCACAUACUGAUCUACCACUCCGUAUUGUUGGUCUAUCAACAGCUGUUGCAAAUGCACGAGACCUAGCCGAUUGGUUAGGUAUAACAGGUUCAAUAGGAUUAUAUAAUUUUCGACCUAGUGUUCGACCGGUACCAUUAGAAGCACAUAUUCAAGGUUAUCCAGGCAAACAUUAUUGUCCACGUUGUAUGUCAAUGAAUAAACCUGCUUAUCAGGCUAUACGUACGCAUUCACCGGAUAAACCUGUGCUAAUAUUUGUUAGCAGUCGACGACAAACACGUUUAACAGCAGAAGAAUUAACAAAAUAUUUACUCAAUGACGAUCAUCCUAAACAAUGGUUACAUUCGUCCGAAGUUGAAAUGGAGAAUAUUUUAGUACAGAUACAAGAUAAAAGUCUUCGAAUGACAUUAGCAUUUGGUGUCGGCAUUCAUCAUGCUGGUUUAAAAGAUCGUGAUCGAGAUAUUGUCGAAAAAUUAUUUGUUAAUCGAAAAAUUCAAAUAUUAGUUGCAACAUCAACAUUAGCAUGGGGUGUUAACUUUCCAGCACAUCUUGUUAUUAUUAAAGGUACUGAAUAUUACGAUGGAAAAACUCAUCGUUAUGUUGAUUUUCCCAUAACGGAUGUAUUACAAAUGAUGGGCCGUGCUGGUCGACCUCAAUUCGACGACUCAGGCAAAGCAGUUAUUAUGGUUCAUGACGUAAAAAAGAACUUUUACAAAAAAUUUCUCUAUGAACCAUUUCCAGUUGAAUCCAGCUUAUUGAAUGUCCUAUCUGAUCAUUUAAAUGCAGAAAUUGUAAGUGGUACAAUUUCAACAAAGCAAGAAGCACUUGAUUAUUUAACUUGGACCUAUUUCUUCCGUCGUUUACUUGUUAAUCCAAGUUAUUAUCAGAUGGAACCGCUAGCAAGCGAUGCGAAUGAACAAGUGACACUCAAUACAUAUUUAUCAACAAUUGUACAACGUUCACUGGAUGAAUUAAUUCGUUCAACGUGCGUAUUGAUCAGUGAAGAUGAUCAACGUACAUUACAAGCGACUGUUCACGGACGUAUAGCAUCACAUUAUUAUAUAUCAUACAAAACCAUAAAUAUGUUUGCUCAACGUGUUACAUCAAAUACAAACAUAGCAGACCUUAUUGACAUAAUUUCUUCUGCACAUGAAUAUGCUGAAAUGCCGGUUCGCCAUAAUGAAGAUGAAUUACACAAGACAAUGGUUGAUCGUGUACGAAUACCAUUUCAAAGUCCACCUCAAUUGGAUUCUCCACAUUUGAAAACAAAUUUAUUAAUACAAUUUCAUUUAAGUCGAUUGGAAUUUCCUCGUGUCGAUUAUGUAACUGAUUUAAAAUCUUGCCUCGAUCAGAUCAUUCGUGUCAUUCAAGCGUUAAUUGAUCUAUGUGCACAUAAAGCACUUCUAAGUCCAUGUUUACUUUGCAUACAUUUUCUACAAAUGAUAACUCAAGCACGAUGGAUAACCGAUCCGGAUGUUUUAACUUUACCACAUAUCACUGAUCGAUCAUUUGCUCGUAUAUUUUCGUCUCGUCUAUGCCAAUUAACUGAUAUUAAACGUGAAACGCUGAAUAAUAUGAUUCAAACUCAUUUAACAACAGCACAAAUCGAUGAUAUCUAUGAGCAUUUAAUGCGUUUACCACAAAUAGAAUUAACUUUUAAUAUACGUGGCUUUUGGUCAACACGUGUAGAAACUCGACAGCUACCAGCCAAUGUCCAUGCUGAUCAAGAAUAUACAUUACAAAUAGCUUUGAAAAGAAUUAAUCGAAUACGCAGAAAUGAAUUUCGUCAAUUAACAACAUCAUCAGUUAAUAAGCCAAAAGAUGAAUCAUGGAUAUUUGUUCUUGGUAAUUCAGAUACCGGUGAAUUAAUAUGUAUAAAACGUUUUAAUCAAAUCAUACGUUCUCAUACGACUGUUUCAUUAUCAUUUGUUACAUCAAAUAUAACAGGACGACAACGAUUAACACUUUAUUUAUUAUCCGAUGGCUAUUUAGGUCUUGAUCAACAGUAUGACUUCUUUAUUGAUGUUCAAUCUGCAUCGUUACAAACACAAAUUAACACAGAAUUAAAUCCAUUAUCUGAUGAACUCGAUCGACGACUUGCAGCUUUGCAAUGA